ACGAGAAGAAGAAAGAUCAACCGGUGGCUUGCAUUUGUUACGAGCACGGUGCAGUUCCCUACGCAAGAAUCAUUACAUUUUCGUAUUUAUCUCUACUCGAGGGCCUGGGAACAAGUUUUUUCCAAUUGGAAAUUUUAAUUGGAAGACAUAUUGUGACGAGAUGUGUCUUUCCGCAAACAUGAUGUCCUGGAUGUUUAUAUUGUCCCUCUCAUUUCUUUACUGGUCUACCACUGUCUUCGCGCAUCCUGGUUAUGGAAGACUCACAAAUAUUGAAGAACAGAAUGGAGCGCGACAUACUUUGGUGAAUUUAGCGAAAGCAGAGGAUAAUGACAUUGUGGGGAAAUUGAACGAAGAAGUACCAGGGAUGUUCGUAGAACGACAUAAACGAUUAUCCGACCAGAGGCGUGCAGAAUUAGAAACGAUAAGGCGUCUCAAAAAAAUGACCGAGCAAUUGGUAACUGGAUCGCGAGGAAGUCGACAAUUGGAUGUGUCCAAACUUGGCCGAAGGAAACGAGCGGUGUUCGAAAUGAACAUGAAGAAUUUACGAAAACUCUUCAAAUUGUCGGGGCAACUCGGUUAUAAGGGAAAUGCGGCUUUUCCUGUUGUUAGUUGAAGCUUUAAAUCAAUGGAGACGAACGUGACUUACCGAAGGCGGUGCACUGAAUUAAAAGAAGGAUGAUCCUGGUAUGGUUGAAAGAUUGAAAUCAAGUUUGGUGUACCAGCCCGUCUCAAAGAAUGAUCGACUAAUUUGGAAUUAGGUGUACAUUAGGUGUAAAUCAGUAUCACAACCGUCCCCUGCGUAUCGUAUAACAACAACAGCUGCACAAUUUAUUUAUUUCAUGUAAACGAAAAAAUGUUUUCAGAGCGCCCUACUAUUUGUAAGAUAUUUUUUUAUUAUUUUUUUACGUUGAAAUAAAUUAUGUGAACAUUUUAUUUAUUACAUAAUAAUAGCUAUC